CAUUAGUGGAAGCCCUGGUCCAGCCGCAAGCCCGCCGAGAGCCACCAGCUGCGCGGCUUAGGGCUCACUUGUGCAACCCCGCCAAUUGGGUCCCCCGCCCCCUGGGAGUCGGUGUUGCCGCUCAUCACCGCCGAAAUAUGGUGCAGCGCCACAUAACUCGGGCGAAAUGUCAUUUUUUCAAGGAUGACGACCUAUCCCAGGUCUUGCACGAGCUGCCCACCAAGAAUACAGUGGCCAAGACCAAGAUCGCGAUCACCGUGGGACCAGCAUGCCAGACGGUAGAGAAGCUGGCGGAACUGCUGGAGGCGGGAGUGACCUGCGCCCGCAUCGACCUCACGUGGGCCCCCAUUGAGUACCACCGCACCUCGCUCAUCAACCUGCAUGAGGCGAUGCGCCAGACCAAGAGGCUGUGCGCGGUGAUGCUGGACUGCCUGGGUCGCGAGCUGAUGAUCAAGCGCAAGUACGGCGUGGACGAGAACGGCUGGCCUGGCAUCUUUGAGCAGCUGCACAUCAAGCAGGGGCAGCGCGUGACCAUCACCACCGACACGUCGCUGGACUGCACCAACGAGGUGCUGCCCAUCACCUACCCCAAGUUCCCGGCCAUGUGCGAGCCCGGCGACCAGAUCUUCCUGGGGCGCUACCUGGCCACCGGCGCAGACGACUCCUCCGUUUUCCUCAAGGUGGAGGAGGUGAGCGGCACCGAUGUGGUGUGCACGGCGGGGGCGGAUGCUGUGCUGGACGGCCUGCUCAUGGUGUUCCACCUGGAGCGGUCGGGAGAGAGCCUGAGCAACCUGCAGAACGACCUGCCGGCGCUGACCGACUUUGACAAGCAGGCCAUCGCCGCGCUGUGCAACGAGUUCGAGGUGGACUUUGUGAGCCUGUCCUACUGCCGCUCCGCCGACGACGUGCACGAGUGCCGCGACUUCCUCUCCUCCAUCCGCGCAGACCACACCAAGGCGAGCGGGGGCCCCUGUGCCGCAUCAUCGCCCGCACCUAUCAUCGCCAAGUGCGAGACGCGGCAGAGCCUCUUCAACUUCCGCACCCUGGUGGACGCCGCAGACGCCAUCAUCAUCUCCCGCGGCAACCUGGGCCUGGACGUGGUGCCCGAGAAGAUGGCCAUGGUGCAGAAGGCGAUGAUCUCCACAUGCGCCAUCCUGGGCAAGCCCUCCAUCAUCACCCGCGUGGUGGACACCAUGAUACGCACGCCGCGCCCCACGCGCGCGGAAGCCACCGACAUUGCCAACGCGGUACUGGACGGGGUGGACGCCAUCAUGCUGGGCGCGGAGACGUACCGCGGAAACUACGCGCUGGAGACGGUGACGACGGGAGGGCGCCCCUGCCAGCCUGCCUGGCUGCCGUCCUGCCGGGCCUGCCGCCGGCCUGCCCAGCCUGCCGCCAGCCUGCCCUCGCAUGCGACCCUGCUGUGCCUCCCCUCCCGCCCCCGGGCCCCGCUGCGCGCAGGCACUACGGCCGCCAUGGUGGCCAAGUACCGCCCCCACAUGCCCAUCCUCACGCUGGUGGUGCCCUACCUCAAGCGCGACGGCCUCAAGUGGAAGCUGGAGGGGCGGCACGCGGCGCGCCAGGCCCUGCUCACCUCUGGCCUCAUGCCCAUGCUGGCGGCGCCCACGCCCUCGGCGGGGGAGAGCCUGAUUGAGGAGGCGGUGCAGCUGGCGCUGGCGCACGGCUGGGUGGACCCCAACGACCACGUGGUGGUGGUGUCGCGCAGCCAGCAGGACGAGGUCAUGAUCAAGAUUGUGUCUGUGGACGAGCACGGCGCGGGCAUCAAGCGCAUCCGCCCCAAGUCUCUCUACGACAUGCUCAAGGCGGCAGGCCACUGCAUCCCUGAGGACGAUGAGGUGGAUGAGUUGCCCCUGGCCGCCGCCUCCUCGGGGCCGCCCUCCGCCCGCUCCCGCCCCAUGCUGUCCCACCCGAGCGCCGUGCUGCACGGCCGGCGCAACGAGGCGCUGGUGAUGUCGUCGGCGGAGAUGAUCAGCGGUCCGUCGGCCAAUGGCACCUCCCACUGACUC